AUGAAUGAUGUUUUUAAGCCUCAUCUCAGGAAAUUUAUACUUGUGUUUUUUGAUGAUAUCUUGGUUUAUAGUCCUGAUAUGGACACUCACUUGAAAUACUUGGAAAUCACUCUCAGCACCUUAAAGCAACACACAUUGUUUUCCAAGCUCAGCAAGUGCUCCUUUGGUCAGGAUAAAGUUGAAUAUUUGGGUCACAUUAUUUCUAAGGAAGGAGUGGCAGCAGACCCCAUAAAGAUUGAAUUCAUAUUACAGUGGCCUAUUCCUAUUACUUUGAAAGAGCUCAUGGGGUUUCUAGGGUUGACUGGGUAUUACAGAAAGUUUGUGAAGAAUUAUGGGGUCAUUUGCAAGCCUUUGACAGACUUAUUGAAGAAAGAUAACUUCCAUUGGAACAAUAAUUCUCAAGUAGCUUUUGAUACUCUCAAGAGAGCUGUAAAUUCCUUUUUUUUGCUCAGUAAUAAAGAUUUUAUUAAUAACCAAUAG